UGAAAUUGAGAGAAUAUUUUUACAUAUCCUUUCCUUUAAAUAAGCUUAAUCCUAAUUUUGUUUGUCCUCUACUGCACGCUUCCUCCUCGCGUUCCUUCUGCACCAAGCCAUUCCCCUUGAAGCUCCCGUCUCCCUCAGCUGCUCGAUUACAAGCAACAACAGGCUUCUUCCCUUCUCCGAUCGAGCAUGGAUGUUGUCGAACGAUCAAUCCCUCAUCAUCACUCGCCGUCCGACGAGAAAUGGUUAUGGGAUUCUUCUGGUCGGCAACUCGACGUCGACGGGGAGAUGCUGCUCGGCUUCGAUCUAUCCAAGCGCUCUGCUUCCGACCUCCUCCAGAACUGCGAUCUCCCCCCUCCAGUCAAGAUGAUCUUCCCCCUCGAGGACCAUGGCGGCGGCGGCGGUGAUCACAGUCACAGAGCGUCGGCGGAGGAACGCAAAAACAACGUUGAGGUUGCCGAUCAGUCGGAUGCGCAAUUGGGACCGGCGGAGAGCAUGAGGUUGCUGAGAGCGCUGCGGCUGUCGCAGACGCGGGCGAGGGAGGCGGAGCGGAAGGUGGAGGAGGAGAGCCGCCGGAGGCAGGAGCUUAGCAAGCUGAUGCUCGAGGAGGCGCUCAGGCUGUCGUCGUACCGGCGGUGGGUGAUGUUGCUGGAGGCCGAGAUCUCGGUGCUGCGGAAACAGGGAUUAGCGCCGCGGCCGAGGGAGGAUAAGGAAGAGGAGGAGGAGGAGGAGGAGGUGGUGGCUGCGGCGGCCGCGUGGUGGCUGACGUUGGCCCUGUGCAUCGGGAUCGCCGGAGUGGGAUUUGUUAUGGGGCGAUACAUGCUUUAGUUGUUGUAUAAGUAAGCUUAAUUGAUUGAUUAACAAAAAUAAUUGCUUAUUAUAGAGUUGUCGGUACAUUUCU